UGGAAUCAAAAACUAUUGAAACUUGAAAAUGGUGUUGGUGAAAUGCAAAUCUCAGCUAAAUCAUUUGAAGUACGUGAUGUACCAGCUUAUUUAGAUAUGAAAACAAUGCGACGUGGAAUGAAGACAACUAAACGUGUCUGGGAUUAUAUUAACAUGUUUAGAAGUUAUGUAACCAAUUGGAAAACAUCACGAUGGAAAGAAAUUGAUUUUGGGACUAUUGAUGAAGUCAUCCGUGAAAUUUCAAUGGAAAUACGUACAAUGGAUAAAGAAGUUCGUCAAUGGCCAAUGUUUCAAGGUUUAGAGGCUGAAUUAAAAGAUAUUAAUGCAUCAGUAACAGCUGUAAGAGAUCUACAAAAUCCUGCAGUCAAGUCUCGUCAUUGGACAGAAUUAAUGCAAGAAACUGGUCGUCUAAUAGAAAUCACUGAUACAACAACCCUAGCUGAUCUACUAUCAUUAAAUUUGCAUAAAUUCGAAGAAGAAGUACGCGCUAUUGUAUCAAAAUCAUUGAAUGAACAAAAAAUUGAACGUGAUCUUGACAAGAUUGAACAAGUAUGGAGUGAAAUGAAAUUUGAAUAUGAUACACACGAUAGAACAGGUUUGAGUUUACCAAAACAAACAGAUUAUUUAACUACAACCCUUGAAGAAAUACAAGUUAAAGUAUUAGAUAUGUUAGGCAAUCGAGAUAAUGCCUAUUAUAUUGAUAAAAUUAAUUAUUGGCAUAAAACUCUAUCCCUUACUGACCAGGUACUCGCUAUCUGGUUUGAAACACAACGUGUAUGGUCUGGUUUAGAGUCAAUAUUUGUUCUAUGUGAUGAUAUCAAAGCGAAAUUGCCGAAAGAUACAGAAUUAUUUAUGUCACUGGAUAAAGAUUUUCGUGUUCUAAUCGAUGAGAUACAAAAAUUACUCACUGAUAUCCAAAAGGUACGAGAUGGUCUGGCGAUUUGUGAAAAGGCUUUAGCUGAUUAUCUAGAGACAAAACGUCUAGCCUUUCCAAGAUUUUAUUUUGUCUCACAGAAUGAUGUGACUGAUAUUGUUAGCAAUGGAAAAGUCCCGCUGAAAGUGAUACGUCAUUUAUCAAAAUUAUUUGAUAGUAUUUGUAGUCUAACAUUUGCCAAUCCUGAAGCUACAAUUAAACAUGCUACGCAUAUGAUUGCUAAAGAUAGUGAAGUAGUGAAAUUCACAAAAUCAUUUGAUUUACAAGGUCAAGUUGAAGAAUGGUUAAAUAAACUGUUAGAUGAAAUGCGCAACACUCUGCGUCACAUUCUUGCAGAUGCAGUCAGUGCUUAUGAAGAGAAACCAAGAGAUCAAUGGAUAUUUGACUAUCCGGCGCAGAUAGCUUUAACCGGUUCACAAAUCGGUUGGAAUAGUGAAGUGUUGAUUGCAUUUGCUCGACUAGAAGAAGGCUUAGAGAAUGCAAUGAAAGAGUAUAAUAGAAAACAAAUUGCCCAACUGAGUACAUUAAUACAAAUGCUAUUAAUUGAUCUAUGGGAUGAUAAAUCACACGAUUGUUUUGCUAAUAUCUGUGAUGCACAAUUUCGUUAUGCUUAUGAAUAUUUAGGCAAUACACCAAGACUGGUCAUUACACCGUUAACUGAUCGAUGUUAUAUCACACUGACACAAUCACUGCAUUUAUGUAUGAGUGGUGCACCUGCUGGACCAGCUGGCACGGGGAAAACAGAGACAACAAAAGAUUUAGGCCGUGCACUAGGCAUUAUGGUCUAUGUGUUCAAUUGUUCUGAACAAAUGGAUUACAAGUCAAUUGGUAAUAUUUACAAGGGAUUAGCACAGACUGGUGCAUGGGGAUGUUUUGAUGAAUUCAAUCGGAUAGCAGUGGAAGUUUUAUCUGUUGUCGCUGUACAAGUGAAAUGUAUUCAAGAUGCAAUCCGGUUGAAGAAGGAGAAAUUCAAUUUUCUUGGUGAAGUAAUACCACUUGAUCCAGCUGUUGGUCUUUUCAUUACAAUGAAUCCAGGUUAUGCUGGUCGAACAGAACUGCCUGAGAAUUUAAAGGCAUUGUUUAGACCAUGUGCUAUGGUAGUGCCAGAUUUUGAAUUGAUUUGUGAAAUUAUGCUUGUAGCUCAAGGAUUUCUAGAGGCAACUAUAUUGGCGCGUAAAUUUAUUACACUAUAUGAAUUAUGCAAAGAAUUACUUUCGAAACAAGAUCAUUAUGAUUGGGGUUUAAGAGCUAUUAAAUCAGUGUUGGUUGUAGCUGGUGCAUUGAAACGUGGUAAUCCUGAACACACUGAAGAUUCCGUGUUAAUGCGUGCUCUACGAGAUUUCAACAUACCUAAAUUAGUCACUGAAGAUAUGGCUGUAUUUUUAGGUCUUAUAUCUGACUUGUUUCCAAAUUUAGAUGCAUCGCGUAAACGUGAUUUAAAUUUUGAAGCAAAUGUAAAAGCAGCUACUGAAGAUUUAGGCUUACAACCAGAGGAUUCAUUUAUCUUGAAGGUUGUUCAAUUACAAGAACUUUUUGAAGUUAGACAUUCUGUAUUUAUUGUUGGCAAUGCUGGAACGGGUAAAUCACAAGUAUGGAAAACACUUAAGCAUACAUUUAAACUGCAAAAACAGAAACCUGUCGCUAUUGAUUUAGACCCAAAAGCAGUAACAAAUGAUGAGUUAUUCGGUGUUAUCAAUCCAGCAACACGUGAAUGGAAAGAUGGUUUAUUUUCUGUUAUAAUGAGAGAUUUAGCCAAUAUGACAGGGAAAGAUCCAAAAUGGAUUGUACUUGACGGAGAUAUUGAUCCAAUGUGGAUUGAAUCAUUGAAUACUGUUAUGGAUGAUAAUAAGGUGUUAACAUUAGCCAGUAAUGAGCGUAUCCCGUUAACGGAUAGUAUGAGAUUACUAUUUGAAAUUAGUCAUUUGAAGACAGCUACACCAGCGACUGUAUCACGUGCUGGUAUCCUAUACAUUAAUCCAGGAGAUUUAGGCUGGACACCAUUUGUACACAGUUGGUUAGAUGAUCGAGUGAAAAUGAAGAAAACUCUAUCGAUUAGUGAAAGACCUGCACUGUCAAUCUGUUUUGACAAGUAUGUUUCACCAUGCCUUGAAAUUGUUCGUUAUCGAAUGAAACGUAUUACACCGAUACCUGAUUUAGCUCAUAUUCAAAUGUUAUGCUAUCUACUUGAAUGUAUAUUGGACAUACAAAGUAAAUCAAAAGAUACACGUGAAUUUACUAAAGAAAAUUAUGAAAUGUUAUUUGUCUUCUGUUGUGUUUGGUCAUUUGGUGGAUGUUUAUUUAAAGAUCAAUUGUGUGAUUAUCGUGUUGAAUUUUCAAAAUGGUGGCUGAAUGAAUUUAAACAAGUGAAAUUUCCAUCCGGUGGUACUAUAUUCGACUUUUUUUGGAGUUUAACAACACGAAAAUUUGAAAGUUGGUCAACACGUUUAACAAAAUGUGAACUAGAUCCUGAUAUACCAUUACAAGCUGCUUUAGUUCCCACAGUGGAAGUUGUUCGAUUACGUUUCUUCUUAGAUCUACUCAUUGAAGCUGGACAUCCUGUUAUGUUGGUUGGUUCAGCUGGAACUGGGAAAUCUGUUAUCCUACAGGAUAAAUUUUCAAGUUUAUCUGAAGAAUAUCUUGUGAAGAGUAUACCAUUCAAUUUUUAUACAACAAGUUUAAUGUUACAAGAAGUGUUGGAUAAAAGUUUAGAGAAAAAAGCUGGUAUGAAUUAUGGUCCACCAGGACAGCAUAGACUCCUCUAUUUCAUUGAUGAUUUAAAUAUGCCAGAGGUUGAUCAAUAUUUCACAGUUCAACCACAUACACUUAUUCGUCAACAUAUAGAUCAUAAACAUUUUUAUGAUAGACAAAAGUUAACCCUAAAAAAAGUGAGUAAAACUCAAUAUGUAGCUGCUAUGAAUCCAACAGCUGGUAGUUUUACAAUCACAUCACGACUGCAGCGUCAUUUUUCAGUAUUUGCUCUAAGUUUUCCUGAUGAGAAUGCUGUGAAAACAAUCUAUUCAACGAUAUUAAAGCAACAUUAUAUACGGAAUAGUUUUCCAUCCGCAGUAAUACGUGCAGUUGAUAGUCUAGUUGAAGCCUGUAUGAUUGCACAUGAUAAAAUAUCAGCUGUAUUCUUGCCAACAGCUAUUCGUUUUCAUUAUUUAUUUAAUUUACGUGAUUUAACGAAUAUAUUUCAGUGUCUUCUGUUUGCUCAACCUGAUGUCUUCCCGACUGUAAUCUCUGUUAUCCGACAAUAUCGUCAUGAAGCGAUCCGUGUUUACACUGACAAAAUGAUUGAUAUGAAUGAUGUUGAAACAGCUUUGAAACAUAUCACAUUUGGUAUUACUAAUCAAUUCCCUGAUAUAUCAAUUCAUCAGAUAACAAGUGAACCUCUCCUGUAUUGUAGUUUCAAUAAAGGUUUAUCCGCUGAACGACAAUACGGGCCUGCAUCCUCCCUGGAAGAAAUUAGUGAUAUUGUUGUUAAUGCAUUGAACAAUUACAAUGAUACAUUUGCUGUUAUGAAUUUAGUAUUAUUUAGUGAUGCUGUGAUACAUGUGUUAAGAAUUUGUCGAAUAUUAGAAAUGCCGAGGGGUAGUGCUUUACUCAUUGGAAUCGGUGGUUCUGGUAAACAGUCGCUAUCACGUUUAGCUGCAUUUAUCUCAGGAUUUUAUUUAUCACAAAUAGUUUUGCGUAAGGGCUACUCACAGAAUGAUUUAAGAGCACAUCUUGCCCAAUUGUAUAUUAAAGCAUCAUUGAAGAAUAUGCCGUAUGUAUUUUUAAUGACUGAUGCACAGGUUGCAGAUGAACGCUUUCUCGUCUAUGUGAAUGAUUUCUUAGCCUCAGGUGAAAUACCAAAUCUUUUUCAAGAUGAAGAUUUUGAUCAGAUUAUACAAGGUAUUCGAUCAGAAGUUAAAGCAAUGGGAAUUAUUGAUACAAAUGAAAAUUGUUGGAAAUACUUUAUAGAUAAGACACGAAAAAUGUUACGUGUUAUUUUAUGCUUCUCUCCGGUUGGUGAUAAACUUCGUCUAAGAGCAAGACGUUUCCCAGCCCUGGUUAAUUGUACAUGUAUUGAUUGGUUCCAUGAAUGGCCACAAGAAGCCUUACUGUCUGUUUCAGAAAGAUUCUUAGAAGAUUGUCCAGGUUUAUCAGAUGAAGUACGCAAAUCUGUUAGCCAAUACAUGGCAUACGCGCAUACAACAGUCAAUGAAUUAAGUCAACAAUACCUCCAGAAAGAACGACGUCAUAACUAUACAACACCAAAAUCAUUUCUAGAACAAAUUAGUCUAUACAAACGUAUGGUUGGUGCACAGAUCGAUGAGUUACAACACAAGAUUGAACGUUUAGUCAAUGGUUUAGAACGACUAAAAAGUGCUGGUGAACAAACUAGUGAAUUAAAAGUUCAACUGGCUGAACAAGAAAUUAUUGUCAAUGAAAAAACUGAAAAUGCCAAUAAACUAAUUAUUGUUGUUGGUAAAGAAACUGAAAAGGUGACAGCUGAAAAAGAAAUUGCCGCUGAAGAAGAAGCAAAAGUCAGUGUUAUUAAAGCAGAAGUUGAAGUGAAACAACAAGAGUGUGAAAAUGAUCUGCGUAAAGCAGAACCAGCAUUGAUUGCCGCCCAAGAAGCCUUGAACACACUGAAUAAAAAUAACUUGUCUGAAUUGAAGGCAUUGACUAGUCCACCACCAGAUGUUGUGACUGUUUGUUCCGCUGUCAUGUGUUUAUUCGCCAUGGAUGGUCGACUGCCAAAGGAUAGAAGUUGGAAAGCUGCUAAAGCUGGUAUCAUGUCUAAAGCGGAUCAAUUUUUAAGUAAUCUCUUAAAUUACGACAAGGAGAAUAUGUCAGCGAAUAGUAAGGCUGCAGCUUCAGAGUAUGUUAAAAUGCCAAAUUUUGAUCCUGAUGUAAUUCGGACUAAAUCGUUGGCUGCUGCUGGUCUCUGUUCAUGGGUAAUCAAUAUCCUGAAAUUUCAUGAUGUCUACUGUGAAGUAAAACCGAAACGUGAUGCCUUGGAUGCAGCCAACGAAGAAUUACGUCAAGCUACGGAGAAACUUGAAGGUUUACAAAAGAAAAUCGCUGUGCUUGAAGCAUCGUUAGCUGAGUUAACAGCCAACUUCCGUGAGGCUACUGAAGAAAAGUUACGCUGUCAACAAGAAGCUGAUUUUACGGCUAAAACAUUAGAUUUAGCCAAUCGAUUGGUGAAUGGUUUUGCCUCAGAAAAUAUAAGAUGGGCAAAUCAAGUUGAAGAAUUAAAGGUACUCGGUGAGACAGUUGUCGGAGAUGUUUUAAUAACAACAAGUUUUAUCUCUUAUUUUGGUUAUUUAAGUCGAACAUUUCGUCAACAGCUGUUGAAUGUUAAAUUGUGGCCAUUUCUGAAAAGUCUCCAGGUACCAAUACCUGUACGUAAUGGAAUAGAUCCUUUAGAUAUGCUGAUUGAUGAUGCAAUCAUUGCAACAUGGAAUAAUCAAUCUUUACCAGAGGAUCGUAUGUCUAUUGAAAAUGCUACAAUAUUUACAUUUUGUGAACGUUGGCCAUUGUGUGUUGAUCCCCAGUUACAAGCGAUUAAAUGGAUCAAGGUUAAAUAUGGCAAUGAAUUAGUCGUUACACGGCUUGGCGCUAAAAAUUGUUUAGAACAAAUUGAAUUAGCUAUUACAGAUGGACGUGUUGUAUUAAUUGAAAAUAUCGGUGAGACUAUUGAUCCUAUUCUAGAUCCUGUAAUUGGACGGCAGACAAUUAAAAAAGGUCGAUUUAUCCUACUGGGUGAUAAAGAAAUCCCAUACAAUGCUAAUUUCCGUUUAAUUCUACAAACAAAACUAGCCAAUCCACAUUAUCAACCAGAAUUACAAGCACAAGCCACACUGAUCAACUUCACAGUAACACGUGAUGGUUUAGAAGAUCAAUUGUUAGCAACAGUUGUGAGUAAAGAACGUCCAGAUUUAGAAAAGUUAAAAUCUAAUCUAACAAAACAACAAAAUGAAUUUA